UUAUUCGAAAUUAUAAAAUACAAGAUUGUUUAUUGGUAAUUAGAAAGAAAAAUGUCGUUAUGUUCGUUUACAUGUGGCGCACUAAGAUUUAGUACCGGUUACUCCCGACACGUUUCUAGUUCAAGCCUUAUUCUGGAACCAAUUAGGCGUAAUUCAACAAGGUGCAGCAUAUCGAAGCAAUCUCGGUGUACCUACCCACGAAUGUACAAAACGACGGUUGCUCUAGCGGAUGGAUCUACGAUUACUGUUCGAUUAAAUCAACCAAGAAAAAUAAUAAAAUUACCGAUGGAUGUCCUGCAGCUAACUGACUCUGAAAGAAGAGCCAUAUGGUUGGGCAGAAGAAAGAAGGUGGAAACACUGGAUGAAAGCCAUAUAGAAGAUAAUUUCGAUGCAGGGAAAUACUGGACUAAAUAAAAAUUGUUUCAGUUUGAUGAAGCACCAAACCCAAUCAUACAAGUGAUUGGCUUUUUUACUGCUGGUAAACUGGUAAAUGAAUAGAGUUGAAGGAUUUACCUUCAUUAUCGAACACAUAAAUAUAUAUUUCCUUUGUGUUGAAAAUAAACAUUCAUACGAUUGAUUCAUUGUUUUAUUUCAGUUGU